GGAGCACGGAUGCUGUCGGUCCCACCUGCGGGGCGGGGCGCUGCUGCGGCAGCCCGAUGCCGGGGGAAGCUGGCGCCGCCACCGCUGGGGAGAAGGGAUCCUCGCUGACGUCAAAUCAUCAGAAUGAUCGCUCGUUCAUAUCCGGGUCCCCGAACGGCUUCCCCAGGCCGCGCUCGGCCGCCGAGCACUGAGGGAUAGGCGGGCAGGGCAGGGCAGGGCAGGGCAGGGCCGCCGCCCACCCAUCCGGAGGUGGAUGGCGGCAGCGAGGCGUCGUGCAUAGAAUGCCCGCCACCUCAGCGGAGCCCGCCUGCUGCCGCUGCCCAUGGAGAUCGCGCUGGUGACUCUGGAGAACGGCGGUGGCGGGGCCAUCCCGGCCGGCGAGGAUGCCACGGCCGGUAACGCCGGCGGUAGCAGCAGGGCUCGGAGACGGCGCGAUCUACGCCACACCGCGGGAUCCCCGUCUGUUCCGAGACUGAGCGACGGCAAGGAGGGAACCCCACCGGCAUCACCGCCGCCGCAGGUCGAAGAGGAGCGGGAGGGGCCCCCGCUUGCCCCUCCAGGAGGCGGCGGGAGGCGCCGCAGCAGCAGCGAGGGCGGCAUCAGCGGCCGGGCGGCGUCGGGACCCCAACCGCAACCAAACGCACCGUGCCCCGGGCCGGCUUCGGAAAUGGAUCCCCCGGAGGAAGGGGGUCACCGCCGGGGCAUGGCCAUGGCAGCAGGCAGCGAGGAGGAGGAGAUGAAGGCAGCGAGCCGGGGUGCAAUGCAUCAUCAGAGGGUGCUAAUCAAUAUCUCUGGGCUGCACUUUGAGACUCAGCUGGGCACCCUCAACCAGUUUCCUGACACACUGUUGGGUGAUCCAGCAAAGCGAGGCAGAUACUUUGACCCUCUCAGAAAUGAAUACUUCUUUGAUAGGAACCGGCCCAGCUUUGAUGGCAUCCUGUACUAUUACCAGUCUGGGGGCAAGCUCCGCCGGCCUAUCAAUGUCUCCAUUGAUGUCUUUGCUGAUGAGAUCCGCUUCUACCAGCUGGGGAAGGAGGCCAUGGAGCGCUUCCGGGAGGAUGAGGGUUUCAUCAGAGAAGAGGACAAGCCCCUUCCCCACAACGAGUUUCAGCGCCAGGUCUGGCUCAUCUUUGAGUACCCUGAGAGUUCCAGCUCAGCCCGGGCCAUCGCCAUUGUCUCCGUCUUGGUCAUCCUUAUCUCCAUCAUCAUCUUCUGCCUGGAGACUCUGCCUGAAUUCAGGGAUGAACGAGAGAUACCCAUGUUCUUGCCCCCGCAAAGUGGAGGUUUGAAUGCCACAGCUGGAGACUCCUCACCCAUGCAGUCACUGAGUAGCCUCUCUGACCCAUUCUUCAUCAUUGAGACCACUUGUGUCAUCUGGUUCACCUUUGAGCUCCUUGUGCGUUUCUUCACCUGCCCCAGCAAGCCAGAGUUCUCCCGCAACAUCAUGAACAUCAUUGACAUCGUGGCCAUUAUCCCCUACUUCAUCACGCUGGGCACAGAAUUGGCCAAUGAACAACAGCAGCCUGGAGGUAGCAGCAGCAAUGGGAGUGGAGGCCAGCAACAAGCCAUGUCCUUGGCCAUCCUCCGAGUCAUCCGCUUGGUGCGGGUCUUCCGGAUCUUCAAGCUGUCCCGGCACUCCAAGGGGCUGCAGAUCCUGGGGCAGACCCUCAAGGCCAGCAUGCGGGAGCUGGGUUUGCUCAUCUUCUUCCUCUUCAUCGGCGUCAUCCUCUUCUCCAGCGCUGUCUACUUUGCUGAGGCUGAUGACCCUGAGUCUCAUUUCUCCAGCAUCCCUGAUGCUUUCUGGUGGGCUGUGGUGACCAUGACCACUGUGGGCUAUGGGGACAUGCGACCUGUUUCUGUGGGGGGCAAGAUCGUGGGGUCCUUGUGUGCCAUUGCUGGUGUGCUCACCAUUGCCCUGCCUGUCCCUGUUAUUGUGUCCAACUUCAACUACUUCUACCACCGAGAGACUGACCAUGAAGAGCAAGCUAUGCUCAAAGAAGAACACAGUAGUGCUCAGGACAGUGUAACUGGGGUAGAUGGAAAGAGAAGAUGCAGUAAAAGCUCUCUGGACAAAUCUGUUGUGCACUUGGAAAAUAAUGAAGAGUUCAAAAGCAGUGCCAGCCCUUUAAAGAAAACCAAUAUCAAAGCUAAAAGUAACGUAGAUCUCAGAAAAUCACUAUAUGCCCUCUGUCUGGAUAGCAGCAGGGAAACAGACCUGUGAGGAAAGGAGAGAAUUGUAGUUAGAGAUGCAGCAGAAUUUGCUGGUGUCAGAAACUUACUACUAUAUUAUUUUCCUACCAAUUUUGUUGUUUUUUUGGUUUGUUUGUUUGUUAGGUUUUUAAAUCAGACUAUAUUUUGUAAUUUGAUCACUGUCCUGAGCAGUCCUCCGGGAAUAAAUGUUUUUAUGUUCUUUUUCCAUGACACAAAUGGUCACCUGUUUUUAAAAUAGAUUCAGUAAACUAUUCUCCGUGAUGCAGGAGCUGGUAAAUUAUGAAAAUACAAAAUCUAAUUUUUAGAAACUUUUAUUAGCAAAUGAUGGUUGGUUUGAAAUGGUCAUUUGUAAUCAAUACAUUUUCUGCAGAUUAUUAAAGAGCUGGGGGACAUGUGCAGAGAAUGAGUGAGUUUUGGAGUGUGAGAGAACAAUGAGAGUUUUCAGUUUCAAACUGAAAAUAUUCUAAUUUAUUUUGUGUCUACAUCAAUAUAUUUAUCGAUGAAAUGGGAUUUCCUAUUACUGAGACAUUCCACUCCAUUAAAGCACUAGGAAUACUGGCAGAUCAGCACUUCUAGAGUUUUCCACUUGUGAUCACUACAGAUCUGGUUGUGUAGUAUGAAAAGUGAAUUUGGUGCUUUUAACACCAGCACAGAAUUUUUUUUACUAUCAGUGAGAUAUUAGUUCCUUGUGAGCCUUAAAUUAUUAAAUAAUGUAAAUAGGCUUCUUUAUAAAUAAUUUUAUCAAUCACCUUACAGUUUUAGAAUUUCUAAAUAUUCAGUCUUGUGCUUUCUGUCCUCCCCAAAAUAAAUACGUGUUUUACAGUUUUAUAGUUUUGUUUUUGAGACUAAAAUUUAAAAAAUAAUUUAAAAAAUAAUUUAAAAAAUAAUUUAAAAAAUAAUUUAAAAAAAAAAAAAGAAACCAACUGUCUGCUGUUACUAGAUUUGAUCCAAGUGCACAAAAGAUCAAAACCAGUAGGUAGUGGAUAGCUAUGACAGUAGUAACACGUGAAAGUAGAAUAUACACUAUGUUUAUUCCACACUCCUGGUUACUUUGGCACAUAAAUCAGUCACCUUCUUGAGUCCAUACAAUUUAUGUACCUAGUUCAUUGUUUUUAAUUACCAUAGACUGAAAACAGAUGGCACCAACAGAGUCGGAUAUGGCAUGUCUUGCUACUUAAAUAACCAUUGUGUGGAUUAUACCUUGGACUUGGGUGGAAAGUAUCACCUUUCGCUGAAACAUAUCCUUGUUUCUUUUAUUUCUAAACCAAAUCUUUCCUGUGCAGUGGAUUUUACAGUUAAGAUAUUUUUGAAAGACUAAUGACAAAUUAUCUUCAUCCUGUUAAUGCAGCACUGUACAACAUUCUUGUGAAGACUGACAAAAAGUUGCUUCCUUGAAUCAAGGAGAUGUGUUACUGCAUUUCUUGCAAUGGAUAUCUCUCUUUUUCCCCUCAGUCUCUUGUUUUAUUACUGAAGGAUGGUUCAUGCUUUUAUCAGGUGCAAUGGCACAGCAAGAUUAACAGAAAGAGAAGUCCUUAUUAUCACCAGCGCUCCAGGUUUGUUUUGAUCUAAUUUUCUAAUGCACUUAAGUAACCAUUAAGUCAGGAUUAUGGUUUAUGCAAGUACCUCAGUUAUACACACUGUGAUAAAAUUAAAAUCAGCCUCACAGAAUAGUCCUUUGACAUUUUUAGCCUGGAUUGAAAUUGUGCCUAUUUGUCUCUUACCAGGCAGUUUAAUGAUAAUGGCCAAAUUAAUGACGUUUUUUCCUUCCUAUUCAGUAAAACAGGCAUAGUGAGUGCCAAGCAAGUAGAAUUUUCUUUGUGUUUAGUAUGAAGAACCGUUACACAGACUUUAUCACCAAACUGAAACAUGGAGAGGGGGAAGAAAAAAGUGGGGAAGAGGUUCAGUCUGAAAAUAGAGAACUGGAUCUUUCACAUUAAACUUUAGAUGUUGGGAGCUGCUUUGCUUGUUUAUUUAGAUGGUGAGUGAUGUUAUAAUACGCAGAGAAACUAUCUGAAACUAGAUGGACAAAGUACGUAGUCCAGUUGUACUACAGAUUCAGUCUGAUCUGUUUGCUUUAGUGGGACCAUUCUGCAUCAAGGUGACAUGCAUGGAAAUAAAGGUGAAAGCACAUCA